CUCGUCCUGUAACUGCCGCAGAAUUUAAAAGUUUAAACGGGUGAGGGCGCGCGGUGGUUGUUCAGUGCUCGGUUUGUCCGGGGUCCUCCGUGACAUCAUGGCGUCUAGAACAGCAAUCAUAAUGGUGGACACUGAUAACAUGCUGAAGUAUUUUGGUGAGAAACUCAAUACUGUUCUUGAAGAUUUCAAAGAAAAUACAGUAUGGCUGGAAGAAAUCCAGGAGGAGGCCAAAAAGAUGUUUAUCAGUGAUUUUAAUGCAGAGCCUGAGUUGAUGCCAAAAACACCUUCGGAGAGAAAACGGCGUAGGAGGCGUCCGUCUGUGGCUCAGGAUUCCAGUAAGAGACUUUCUAGAAACAGAAGGAAUCUAAGACGUUCUUCAACUCAACAGACAAAACUCAGAAGUAGGAUGGUUGAGGAAGAUAACAGUGGCUGCAAUAAAAUAGUUGAGCAGGAACAUCCUGUACGCCUAACACGAUCAACAGCACGUGCAAUAGCGACUGCCAAUCUUGAAACUGAGAAAAACAGUGAAUCGCCUAUCAUCCCAGUUAAUGGCCGAGUACCAUUGGUUGUCCUGUCACUGAAUGACUGUAAGAGUGUGGAAUUAUAUCAAAAGAUUCAGGCAGCUAACUUAACCGAAACUACUACUGAAGAUAUGAAAUUGCUUCAAAAAGAAUUUAAGAUGAAGCCAGCUCCUUUAAGUGGAUCUGUUUUGGAAAUGUUGACUCCUCCCACAGCAGUAAUCCCCAGGAGCCCAAAUCGUGCAGCAACCAAGAUGAAAAUAGCAGAGGCUGUUAUUGCUAAAGAAAAUAGAGUGGAAAGUGAGCAUUGUUUAGCUGGUCAGAAGUUAAAUAAUGCUCUGGGAUCAUCAGCUGCUAGUGAGAACUCCAUUUCUGAAGAUGAAAGCCAGGCUACUCGUAGAACUGUCCGUAGAUCAGUGCGGAAAAGCACUGCCAACCGCCGGUCCAGCUGCCUUAGGUUGGUAGAUAAAUAUUCAUUGAAUGUUCAACGGACUGUCAUGGCACAGGAGUCCAUGAGGAAAUCUCUGCGUAAGUCCAUUGCUAAGAGGAAGAAUGUGCUGAGGUCCUCUGCUUCCAGCCACCAGAACUGCGCUGAUCAAAUGGAAGAAAUUGAUGAGAGACAAUGUGUUGAAGAAAUUUCUAGCACUGUGCUUAAAUCUGAGCAGUCAAAGGAAGAGAAACAACCAGCCACAUUGAUUCCUGAAAAUCAAGAACGUAGAUGCACACGAAGUGUCGCAAAAAUUGCCAUUGGCAGUCUAGCAAAGGAGGCAGCAGCUGAUGUGCAAGCUUGUAGAAGUUCAAGAAUUCGGAGAAAAGACAGCAGUGAUUCUGAUAAACUGUCUUCUCCUGAUGGCCAGUAUGCUGGACGGAAGCGCAGUUACAAGUGUGCAGUGGCAAAUGACUGUUACUCUGAAAUAUUAGAAAAGGAUGACUCUCCACCAAGAAAGAAGACCCCUUCACCAGGUCUUACAGCUAGCAAAGUGGUUCGACCAAAGCACAAAAGCUUCCUCCAUGCAGUUCAAAAAAAUCAAUUGCUGAUGACUCCGGUAUCAGUUAGCCGUACAGUGGUGAAGUCUUUCAUUAAACGCAACACCCCAUUAAAAGUUGAUUCCAAGGAACAAGAGAAGGCUCGACUGGCAAAUCUAAAAAAGAAGCGAGAACAGGAGGAAGAAAGAAUACAGAAAGUGGAGGAAGAGAAGAAACGUAAAUUGGAAGAGUUUAAAAAGAAGCGGGAAAUGCAAGUGAAACGUGUUUUGGAAACUCGUUCACGAGUUCAACAACAAGAGGAGGAAAAGAAAAAGAAAAUUGAGCAGAAGUUUGCUCAGAUUGAUGAGAAGAAUGCAAAGUUGCGUGAAGAAAGAGUUGCUGAAGAAAAAGCAAAAAAGAAAGUAGCUGCCAAGAGGAUGGAGGAAGCAGAAGCUCGAAGGCGGCAAGAGGAGGAAACCCGAAAUAAGAGAUUGCAACAGCUGGAGGAAGAGCGCCGAGAGCUACAGCAGCGUAAGAAAGAGGAAGAACUGGAGCGGCAACGUAAAAUGGCAGAAGCCAGAAAGCUACAAGAGCAGCGGCAAGCUGAGCUUGAGAGAGAGCGACUGCGUGAGCUGCAACUGGCUGCAGAUAGGGAGCGGGAAAGAAAGAGGGAACAAGAGAGCAUCCAGGCAGAGAAAGAACGUGAACGUCUGGAGAAAGAAAAAGCCCUCCAGUUACAGCGAGAGUUGGAGCGAACAGCACGGGAGGAUGCUGCACUGCAGGCUCAAAGAGAAAAGGAAAAGCUUCGCAAGGAAGCGCAAGAGAAGGAGAGAAAACAGGAAGAACAGCUUUUGGCAGAGCUGGAAAAGCAGCGUUUAGAAAAAGAGAAAACUAGAAAAGAACAGGAAAGACUGGAACGUGAACGACAAGAAAAUGAGAAGAAGCUUCGUGAAGCUGAGGAAAGAAAAUGGAAGGAAGAGCAAGACAGGAAAGUGGAGAAGGAGACCACCAACAAAAAUAUACUGAAUGUGACUGUGGAAGUGCAUAAUUCUCCCGCUUCGGAGUCUUACGCCAUGACUCCCAAUGGCUAUUCCAAAGUCAAGUUGCCUAAAGUAAAUCUGGACAACUACGGAAUGGACUUGAAUAGUGAUGAUUCUACAGAUGACGAGGGAGCACCACGUAAACCAAUCCCUCCUUGGGCUGAUGGUAAACAAUUGCAGCAAGCACUCAUAAAGCAGUAUUACCAUCCACUUGAUGUGGACAAAUUCUUUGGUGUCAUUCAGCCUCCUGACCUUAAGACCAUCUUUGGCAAAAUCAAGCCACGUUACCUGAAACGCACCAGUUCUGCAGUGUGGCAUUCACCGCCAGUAUCAAACGGCAUUAGGAAUGUACCAUAUGGUUUUAUGAAAUACUGAACUGUCCCUGUGUAUUUUAGAGUAACAUUCCAAGUACUGUAAAAUGUGAAUCUGUCUUCUGCUCUAUCCCUUAUUCGCCUGACCACUUUGAUAUCAUGGCUUUGCUGUCUCAUUUCUUUUUUUGUCUGUAUGUAUAUACGUAGCCGAUAAAGACUUUAAAUGGAAGAUUGGUCACCUGCUUCUCAGGAACCUUUUAAGUGUGGAUUUGCUUUGAGGUCUUUACCUCAUAGUUUUGGGAUGUUUUAUUUGGGUCAUUUUAAUUAGACUUAAGUUUUGAAUGUCUUUCACUUUGGGUUUAGAUUCAAAUCGAGCAUUGCCUGAUGGGAUAAAAGUUGCCUGCCUGACUGUUGCAAGGGAUCUAUGUGUAAUGAGUUUGAAAAGUCUCUCUUUGUUCCUAGUUGGCACAGGAAAAGGAAGAAAUGGUCAAAAACUCCAAAAGGUGACAACCUAAUUGGCAAGCCUGCAGGAUAGCUGGUGUGGAAAGUAGGGUGGAAGGUCUAUGGGAGGGUCUUUUUAGUUAAAGGGUACUUUCCAUGGAAUUGGGACCUAGCCAUGGAGUAGGAUACUGAGUUUAACUGUGUACCUGAUUGUACACCUGACCCAAGAGACCUUAAUGCCUGAAAUGGGCAAAGUUCUGGUCCCUAACUUGAAUACAUAUAAUUUGAGUGAGACUCCAGCAUUUUCACUGGAACAAAUACUUUUUUAACUUAUUAUUGAUUUCUUGGGCUAGUGUAAGAACUCCCUAUUGUGUUCAUAAACAGCAGGAGCAUGAAGUUCAUAAUAAAUAAUUGAUUUAUUUUGGAAGCCUCUAAUGGCACAUUUUAACAAAUAGACUGAGAAACAGCCUUAAGUACAGAAAAUAUGUUCUGAUCCUAGCCUCUGCUCAGUUAGUUGGCCUCAGAGCAAUGCUUUGUCAAAGCUUCACUGCCUCUUGACCAGGGACCUGAAAUUCAGUCUGAAAUUUCGAGUUGUUUCCCCAUCUGGAUUGUGUACAUGGGGAAGUCUGAGGACAGUAUCAGGCAUGUUUGACUUUUUUUUUUAUCCCUGCCAACAAACUGCCUGCCAAUACUCGCUGCUUAGACUUUUGUGCAGGAUCAUCACUUGGACAGGGUACCUGAAAGUUCCCAUGGAAUUGUACCCCAGCAGGAGUUGUCUUGAAGAGAAUAUUGGCAACAAAAAGCCCUUUUGCGAGUCGCUAAGUUUUAAUGCAGUACUUAAUUUUUAGAAACCUCUCGGCAAAAUUUUGGUUCACUUCUGAUGACUUCUGGGAUGAAAAUCUAAACUUAGAAUCUCCUGUGUAGUGAGUCUAUCUCAAUCUGUUGAGUAUAGUUAAAUGAUUUAAUCUGUCUGGCAAGUGAUUUUGUUUUUAUUAAAAAAUCUUGUAAACGAGGGCUAUGUUACAUGAAAAUAUGUACUUUUUAGAAAAAUUACUAAAUGUUCGUUUUG